AAUACUUAUGACUUCUUCAAAUGUGGAGACUAGAUAAAUAAAGUGAUUUUACUUGUAAUGAUUGUGUGUGAGUGUCUGUGGCGGUGUCAGUGUGUGUGUUUGUAUAUGUUCAAUGGAAAGUUAAUGAUGUUACUUACUUUUACUAAUGUCUGUACUGUAAAAGCCUCUUUGACUGUAAAUCACAGGUCAAUAACCCAGUCUCAAUUCUUAACCAAGAAAGAAAAAAGUAGUGCACUAUGUAGGGAAUAGGCUGCCAUUUUGGAAGCAGACAUAAUUUUUAUUGUUGUUGUUGAAUAGCGGUAGCUACUAUUGACCAUAUUUGGUCAAUGACCAUAUUUAGUUAUAGCUGUGUGUAGACAAGUCUUAAUGUUAACAAAUAAUUAUGUUAUAUGCAGAUAACAAACCUUAUAUUAACAUGUUGAGUCAGUAAAGCGAUUUUGUAUAAAUGUGUUUUUGUAUUCUGUUGUGUUUCAGGGGAGUCAAUCAUCCUGACUACCCCUCGGUGCUGGACUCUCUAAGCAUAGCCAACCCAGUCAUUACCAACUGUCUCUUUGACAUGAGGGGUAGAGAAUCCAUUCUCAUCAUCAAAGAGAAGGAUGCAGCCAGGAAGGUGAUGCAACAAGGCCGACCACCGAGGAACUGCCGUGAGGCCUUUACUGUCGAAGGAGAUCAGGUUUACCGCAACCGAUACUACACCCCAGACUUCGGCAUGGCCAAAUAUCUCAGGGGAGAUCUGGAGACAGAAAUUCACAUAUUGGAGUCAGAGCUGAAGAACUACAAGGCCCAGCUCUCCCGGUUUCAUCUUCACCUGGGCUCAGUCACUGAGGACAUCCAGCGCAUCGAGGCCAAACUACACAACACCAUCAUGACUCUGAAAAAGACUCUGGCCACAGUGAAUCAGGUCAAGGCCAGUGUGAUGAUGUCCAGAGUGGGCGGAGGGACCUCCCGCACCUCAGCUUCCUGGAGUGGACCAGCCACCACCGGACUGAGGAGAGACACAUGGAACGAGGGAUUAAUACGGUAAUCUGGGGGAAGCUGUAACCUAUAGCAUACCUCGUUCAGUCUCCUCAGGACUUUGAAUCGCCCCACAAAUCACGG